CAGCAGAGAGAAUUUAUUCACGGCCGUGGUGAAAGUGGCCGGGCAUGCUGCGAGAACCAGCAGGCUUCAAACGAAGCCCGCUGCUACAGGAUCCAAGGGCGCGCUUCUUUGUGAUCACUAGCAAUGUGGGUGAGAACGUGGUGAAGUCCGUUGAAAACAACGUUUGGGCGACCCAACGGCGGAAUGAGCAGAUGCUGGCGGAUGCCUUCCGGACCACCAGAGUGGUGAUCUUGAUUUUCUCUGUCAGCAAGAGCGGUGCCUUUCAAGGCUACGCUCGAAUGCGGAGUCUGCCGGGCCAGUCCAAGUGCAAGUCAGACCCCUUCGGUGGCUUUGGACGCUUGUUCGAUGUUGAAUGGCUACGAUUGCAGGACGUGGUCAUGCCGGAGGUGAGCUACCUCCGCAAUCCCUUGGACGAGGGGCGACAGGUCACUGCAGCCAGAGAUGGACAAGAACUGUCUUAUCAGGUUGGCGCCGAACUCUGCACCCACUUCGAUGUCCGAGUCUACUUGGAGGACCCCAAGAACUACGAGCCUUGCAUGGAUGAGCUGUUACCAGCAAGUGUCCCGCGUGAUGCGUUUGCACCACAUGGUGGACAUUUUGCUCCAGCGCCUAUCCCUGGCCCUCCUCCGGCAGUAGCGCCGCCUUGGAUGGCUCCCUACGGAUCCAGUUCGCCCUUCGAACCUUCUGCUGCCUGGUUUGCACCUUCGACCGCGGCACCAACGGCGCCCCCAGGUGCUUGGGUGGGCUCCACCAGUGGAGAGAGGCCUUCGAUGGCUCCCGGAUCCAGUUCGCCCUUCGAGCCUUCUGGACCAACAGCGCCCCCAGGUGCUUGGGUGGGCUCCACCAGUGGAGAGAGGCAGAGCCGCAGUCGCUCGGGCCCAAGCCCGGUGCCAGUGCCGGUGCCUGCGGCGGCAGUUCCCGCGGUGAGGGAGCGGACUCGAAGGCGGAGUCGGCAGGACACACCUGACUUCACCAAGAUGACGUUCCAAGAGUAUGUGGAAUGGUGGAAGAAGACCCAUCCGAACAUGCCGGUGAAUGGAGUCCCAGCUGCAGCAGUUCCAGUGGUUCCAGCCACUGCUCCUUCUGAGCAGACAUCCGCCUUGGCAGAAGCGCCGACUGUGGCUGCGCCGACGGGGACUGCGAAGGCCGACAACGGAGAAAAAGCGGCUGCAGUCCCACGCCCCGCCGCGGCCAAUGGCGCAGCAGGAGCUGAAUCUUCGAAGAAGAAGCGGAAAGAGAAGGAUGAAGCCAAAGGUGAUAAAAAGUCGAAGAAGCGAAAGAAGGAAAGUGCAGCUGCAACGACGCCAGCAGAGGCUCGCGCUGAGCCAACUGUGGCCACAUCUGCACAGGCUUCGAAGCCCCACGCUGUGCAAGAAGGAGAUUUGAAGGACGCGGUGCUUCCGGUCGAGGCAGGAAUGGAGGACGAGGAGUCCACCAUGACCGCUGAGUCUGACCUCGAAGUCUUGGAGGUGAAGGCACCACGCCCCUCCGCACCUCCCAAAUCCAUCCUGAGAAGCCGAUGACUCGCCCCAAAUCACGUGGCGCCUGAUGCCAUUUGCUUGCUGGAUGAGGGGCCCCUGCGGCGGCGGCCGGUGACACAGACCAAAGUGUUUGACCCCAGGAUUGCCGCUGCGAAGCUGCCGCGCAAAAGAAGUGGGUGUGUCGAGAAAGGAGAG